UUUCAGAGCCGAGAAAAACAAGAGAAGACGAAGAAGAAAAGGUCGUUGGUUCUUCGCUCUCACUCCUGAAACCCAAAGAUGAACGGCGGCCCCUCUGGUUUUAACAAUGCUCCGGCCACAAGAGCCUUCGUUAUCGCUUCUGCUCUCUUCACUAUCUUCUUUGGGAUACGAGGUCGCUCUAGUAAGCUUGGAUUAUCAUCAUUUCAGGAUAUUUUCGGCGGGCUUCAUGUUUGGAAAUUAAUUGUGUCGGUUUUUUCCUUUUCUUCUACGCCAGAGCUCAUAUUUGGAAUUUUUCUGCUAUACUACUUCAGGGUAUUUGAGAGACAGAUAGGUUCAAAUAAGUAUUUGGUCUUUAUCUUGUUCUCUAUAGUAGUUUCGCUGCUCCUGGAGGUUCUAGCUUUAUCACUCCUGAAAGAUCCCGCAGUGAACCUAAUCACAUCUGGACCCUAUGGCCUAAUAUUUGCUUCGUUCGUGCCCUUUUACUUCGACAUUCCAGUUUCAACAUUGUUUCGUGUUUUUCGUGUGCGGUUCUCUGACAAGUCUUUCAUAUAUCUUGCUGGCCUUCAGCUUCUAUUAUCGGCCUGGAAAAGAUCCAUUUUACCUGGGAUAUGUGGCAUCCUUGCUGGCUCAUUGUAUCGUUUGAACAUCUUCCGUAUUCGUAAAGCGAAGUUCCCAGAGUUUUUUGCUUCAUUCUUUUUGCGAUUUUCCUUGCCAUCCAUGGGGAGUUCACCUUCAACACCAAGUCGAAAUGUUGUAGGAACUGUACCAUCCUACCCAGGUCGCCGUGCCGAGAGAACCUACCCUGCGCCUUCAGCUGCAGAACCACCAGAGGAUGCCAUUGCCACCCUUGUCUCUAUGGGUUUUGACAGGAACUCAGCCAGGCAGGCGCUUGUGCAUGCUAGAAAUGAUGUUAACGCAGCUACAAACAUUCUUCUUGAAGCGCAGAACCUCCACUAAUGUAUCAAGGCUUUUAGAGGAACUGAAGACUGGACUGCUGUGAAUCGGGGAAACAAGAUUAUUGAGAUUGAGUCUUUUGGAAUCCACCGAGUUAUUUAGGGUAUCAUGGUGUGAAGGGUUCAUCCUUUCUUUGUUAAUAGUUUAUCCCGGUUUCUUUUGGGUUUUGUAGCUGCCCAUUUUAAGAGUAGUAUUAACACAUGAAACUAAUUGAAGACUAGGAGCCUGUAGAAAUUCUUCAACACCAUAUUAGAAAAGAUGCAAUCCUUCUCUGAUGGGUAAUAUUUGUUUUCUGAUCAAGCAUUCAAGGUGUUUCUGGUUGUUAACUCAGCUUCUAGAAUUAGGAUGUAAUAUGGUAUAUUUACAUGCCAGAGUCCGACAGUUUGUAGAUAUUGUCUACUUCUAGUCUUCUACAAUUGGCGUUCA